AUGGAGCACUCAGGUCAUGGGGUGUGGACGCCAGCACGGCGGUGUAGUUCGGUGCCGAGAAAUCGGGAGGAACCACGCAGCAACCCGAGUUCCUUCUACGCCUUCCCGUCCACCCUGCGCGACAUCUUGUUCGGCCCUCGACAGCGUCUCACCAAGUAUGCCGACGGCAUGCAGGCCUUGCCGUAUUCCAGUCCAGCGCACACUACAGAGGAAGCGGUAGUCGCCGCUGCCAAGUCUCCCGCUGAGACACAGAAAGAGGUGGCAACCACAUCACCCACCGAGACAGCCAAGCCGCGUUCUCCGGAAGCAGCCGAGGGCCAGGCAGUGGAGGAAGAGGCUGUAGCGGCUGCACCGAUCGUGCAGGAAGCUGCCAACGAACCUCGUGACGAGAACUCUGCUGCUGAUGCUGGGGUUGCUGCUUCCGCUAAGAAUGAGAGCGCGGCGACAGAGCCGAUAGGGACAAUCGCAUCGGAAGACACCACACCACCCGCUCCAACGGACGAACCAGGGAAGUUGGCAGAGACAGAGACGCCAGCAGCGGACGCCGCUGCAGCAGGCAAGGCUGAAAGAAUGGCAGAGGACAAGGAAGGAGCUAGAACGGACACGUCGCUCGACUGCAUUGCCGAUGAGGGAUCACCGAGCAGCUCCAUAGUCGUCACCGCCGCUCAGGCAGAGAAGGAUGCCGCUAUUAUGAAUGCUGCUGCCGCUGCUGAGGUAGAAAACAGCACCUGCAGGAAUGACGCGGAGACAGUGAUGGAGACAGUUACAGUAAAGCCAGAGGAGACCCGUGAAGUCGCUGAAGAAACUCAGAGGCCGGCCGAUGCCGCCGAGAGGACGGAUGCAGAGGCGCAGGAGGCCGUCGCAGUGCCGCCAGACUACGACAGGGAUGAGGUGACUACGGGGUCGAUGGAGACGAGCGCUGCCGAGGAUACGGUGCCGGAGGACGAGCCGCCGACGGAGCUGCCGCAGCUCCGCGCCACUUGUGAGAUGGUGGCCUUUGAUGCGGCGCAGAUCGCCGCAUGGAUGGCGGAGUACCGCCAUGAGACAGUGCACGUCCCGCCCGGGGUGCAGCGCUUUGUGCAGGAGGUCAGCGAGCGAGCGGCCAGGCUCACGUCACUGCGGAUAGGCGGCACAAACCCAACGCCAAGUGCCAUGGGGACUGCCACGAAGAAGGGGAAGAAGAGUAACGUGAGCGUCAGCUCCCACGAUACCCCGAAGGGGGGGACGAGCACGCUGGCAGACCUGUCCGGCAGGGACGGUGGCGGGUUUGGCUCCUCCGCUGCCUUGCGCACCGGCGCCGGCGUCGUGGCGAAGAAGUCGAAUGCGCUGGAGUCGCUCGGUGAUGUGUGGGAGGGUCGCCAGGAGGCGCCGAUUUCGCUCGCGCAGAGUUCGCUGCGCCGCCGCGGCCUGUUCGGCGAGGUGGAGCAGAAGAAAAUUCACCACAUGGUGGUGGCGGUGCUCAACAAGGUGACCACCGACCCCGUCAAGUUUCGCGAGGUCAAAAAUGAACUGCUGCGUCUGCCCAUCCCCGAGUCGAACGCGGAGCAGCUGACAAAAAUUGUGGACGCCUUCUUCAACAAAGCGGUGCGGGAGCAGCACUUCAGUCACAGCUACGCUGAUCUCAUCGUGGCGCUCUGCAAAGUGCCGCAAGGACAGCACAUCGUCGGUGACAAAACACAGAGCCUCGAGUACCGUCUGCGCAUGGCACUGCUAAAGCGCUGCCAGGCUGAGUUCGUGCAGAGCGUCCGAGCUGAAGAAGCGGAUGCACUCAGUUCGACGACGAGUGUAGUGGACGACGCGUCUUUCACGCUGACGUCCGCCAUCGAAAGCACUCAGUCGUUUGGCAGCGAGACGGAGAAGGAGCGUCGCGACCGUAUGUGUGGCAACGUCCGAUUUGUGUGCGAGCUGUUCCUGCGCGAUAUUGUCGCCGCCUCCGUCAUCUCCGUCAUCUUCCGCAUCUGCUGCCUCGGUUCUGAGUUUGGUGAGUUUCUAGUGCCGCCGUCGUACACGCCAACAGAGUCGCAGGUGGACGAAAUCAUCACUGUCGUGAACACUGUCAAGGAGCGCUACUUUGUGCAGUCGGGAGAGGGACGCCGGAUGCUGCCGCAGCUACUGAGCCAGCUGGACUACUGGGUGAAGCACUACACCAUUAGUCGCUGCCGCUUCGUGCUCAUGUCAACUGUCGAUGACCUGCGUGCCAUGCUGCCCAACGAGCCGGCCUCGCCGAUGAUGAGCGCUACACCGAGCGUGACAACUUUCAUCACGCCUCACCUGACACACAACCUACCGGUGCAGUCGCCGCCGUCUUGCGACGUCGCUGAGCAAGGUGUGAUCUCCGUAGUCUCCGCCGCUCCCCCAACGGUUGCAGCGGCGUCGCCAGUAAUCGCCGCUGCCGAUGCGAGCGGGCAGCUGUCAAUGAACUCCACAAUGGUUGGCGGGCAGCCUCUACCAGCGCCACGCAGCAAACAGGUUGGCAGCGUGAGUCUGAGUGACUCGGCGGGCUCGAUCAACGGCAUGCCGCCCGCCGAGUCACCUGUUACCGGCCCCAUCGCACGCCCCACCCUCACACUAACAUCGCGGUCAACCCUGCAACAUGUGCGCCCCGAUGCCAUCGCGAAGUUGAUGGCGGCCUUCUCCAGUGGCCAGUACAGCGCGGACGAGGUGGCCGUGCAGCUCUUCAGCACGUACGGCAACGUGCUGCCGGCCCUCGGUGCGUGGAUGGACCGCUGCCUCUCUGUUGUUAAAGAAGAGAAGACACGCAAGCAGACCGGUGCCGUCCUUGUUGCCUGCGUAGCGCAGCUAACGGCGCACACGAACGCGAGCAGCGAGGAGGUGGUGGAGACGGUGGCGGUGUGUCGUGAGCAGCUGCACGAGGCCGCCAUGGAGGCCCUGCAGCGUGCCAUCGAGGGUAAGCUCUAUGAGGAGCUCCGCAUCUUCCAGUUCUGGGCGCAGCUUGUCCUGUCUGACCACGCGCGCGUCGUCUACGAUGAGGAGCUGCUGAACGAAGGCCUCGAGCUGCUCGUGUACACCGCGCCACUGGCCGUACGCAACUACCUCGUCGAAGUAGGCAAGUACAUGACACACGUGCUCGUCGCCCCGGAGAAGCUUCCGUGGCGAGCGUCGACAGAGACGCAAAGUUUUGUGCGGUACCGCCCGCUGCUUGUGUUGCACAGUUUAGUACUCUCCGGGGGGCCCAGCGAGGCGCAAGCGCUGCUCGAUAACGUCUCCAGCUUCAGCGACGUGCGACAGCAUUCGCUGGAGUUGCGGCUCUACCACGCCUUCCGCACCGGCUCGCCGUCCCGUGAGGUCAUCUUCGAGCAGCUGCGCACGUCACCGCGGACGACGAGUCGCGACUCGACGCUUGCGGCGGAGGUGCUUAGCGCGCUUCUCAUCGCGGAGUUGUGUUCCAGCGGUGAUGCGCUCGUGGAGGACAACAUGGACCUCCUUCAAAUCACCGUGGAUGGCGUCACACGCGCGGAGCGCGAGAUCGCCAUUGUGACCGAGGUCUACGAGAUUCUUCGCUACACGCCUCGCCCCAUGACGAUGUCGGCCGCAGCCCGAGUACUGCGCAAGUUUGUUUGUAUGCACAUCGUGUCCGACGAGACAAUGGAGCGAGCGGAGCACUUUUAUGAGACUGAGCGCGACGGUACCAACAACAAACCAACCCAGGAGAGCAACCGCACGCUUGCCGCGCCGCCGAGCGCCGACUACCCGCGUAUUAUGGAUCGCCUCAGCACCGAUGACGUCGUGCCCAGCGGCAGCUUUUCUCUGCUCUCCGUGAGCGGCGCAGGGCCUGCGAAUAACAACGACAACAGCAACGGCAAUGGUAACGGCGGCAGCGCAAGCAGAAGAGCAGGGUCGGUGGAUGGGUUGCAGAGCUCCACCUCCAGCAACUUCGGUGAUUUCCGCCCUCCCAGCAGCCUCCCACCGCGCCACGAGGCGGACAACGAGCACACCAGCGACCGCCACUCGCAGCGGCAGCUGUCGCCACGGCGGAGCAGCCAGAGCAACAGCUCCUUUCAGGCGACACGCAGCGGUGAGGACAACAGCAAGCGGUUGUACCGAAACUCCUACAAGAAUCGUCGGCGCAGUCAAGGAGAAGGCGGAAGUGAGCGGCACUCCAGGGCAGGCAGUAGCAAGGAUGCAUCACCACAGCAACAACUCUUGGGGUCGUUGUUGCCGUCAUCCAACUACGCUGGUAGUCACGACGGCAGCCGCCACAGCCUCGGCGGUGGUGGUCGAUAUGACCGUCAGCCCGGCGUGCGAGCUUCCGGGCGAGGCAGCGGUCACUUCGAGCGUAGCCGUGGCAGUGGUGCAAGCCGUGGUCGUGGUGGUGGCCGCAGCCACGGUGCCGCACCUCAUCGGGGAGGUGGUGGCAUAUUGCGCGAGGACUCGCGUCAAGUCAGUAGGAAUAGCGAUGGCCGCUACACCCCUCACCCCUCUGGUGGCGGCAGUAAAGACGAGUAA